AUGAACAGCCGCCUCGAUAAAAACUCCUCUCAGGUGAGGAAGCGGAUCGAAAACCAUGAGUUCGUGGAUGAGACUGGUGAAGAGUACGAGCAGAGCGCCUUCGGCGGCUUUGGUGACUACUUCAGGCGGAAGAAGAUCAAGCUGCAGAACCUCGAUGCGGACAUGCGGGCUGCUUCGACCGACAAACCUCAGAUUUUCAAGGGUGUUGUUGCGCACGUUAUGGGCUAUACGCAACCGCCGCUUCACAUAUUGCACCGCGAGCUUGUCCAACAUGGCGCAGGCUUCUUGCAGUACUUGGACUCUAAGACUAUGGCGACACACAUCAUCGCCUCUUCUGUGCCGCCCAAGAAGUCUGUCGAAUACAGCAAAUACAGGCUCGUGAAGCCGGCCUGGGUGACCGACUCAAUCGAAGCCGGGAGAUUAUUGCCUUGGUCGGAUUAUCGGGUGAACAAUAAUGACGGGCCACGUCAGAAGGUCUUCAAGCUUGAUGACUCCAAAACAAUCAGCCAGACGACACCACGAGCCAAAAAGGGGUAUAGGGAGCAGACGGACGCCAGCUUUUACACGAGUCAAUUCAAGGCAUCCGCCGGAAGUCCUGCGACACCGUCGUUGAGUCGGUUUGCAGAGCGCGCCGAGUCGCCUCUUGCUCGACCCCGCGCUCGAGAUUCCUACAGCCCAUCGGUUUCACGUCCUGCGAACCCGCCGCCACUCAAACAAAAAGACGACGUCGAAGAGUUUGACGAUGUCGAAAUUGAUGAGCUAAUGGUCGACAUUCUACCCGAAGAAGACACAACCCUCAAAACCAGGGAACUAGACACAGAGAUCACGCCGCCCGUACUUGAGAAGGAGGCAAAGCAAGAAACCAAAUUGCUGGAGAACAUGACCUCCGAGGAGCACAACGCCGUGCUUUUAUCAGAUCCCAAGAUAUGGAAGUCAUCAACAGCGAACCCCGAUUUCUUGAAGCAGUUUUAUUCUGAAAGCCGCCUGCACCACCUUUCUACAUGGAAAGCCGAGCUGAAGUCAAGGAUGCAAAAUCUUGCCAAAGAGAAAGGAGCAUCCCCAAAAGCCAACAAAAGAAAGCCCGGUUCGCGACGGUACAUCAUUCACGUCGACUUUGACAGCUUCUUCUGCGCUGUCUCUCUUAAGAAAAACCCUCAAUAUGUGGAAAAGCCAACCGUGGUUGCUCACAGCAGUGGGACGGCCUCCGAAAUCGCAAGCUGCAACUAUGUUGCGCGCAAGUUUGGAGUCAAGAAUGGGAUGUGGAUGAAACGGGCGCUGGAGCUGUGCCCUGACAUUAAAGUCCUGCCUUACGAUUUCCCUGCCUACGAAGAAGCUAGUCGGUUAUUUUACGAGUCAAUCCUCGAGCUUGGAGGGGUUGUUCAAAGCGUCAGCAUCGACGAAGCACUUGUCGACAUAACUUCACUUAUUCUCUCUACCGCGGGCUCUGAUGACACUGGACUGGACGAAAGCAGUAUGUGGAGAGAGCAGGAAAAGGCCGAACAGAUCGCGUUCAAGCUUCGGAGCAAGGUCAAAGAAUCAACCGGCUGCGCGGUGUCAGUGGGCAUUGGGGGCAACAUUUUACUUGCCAAAGUUGCCUUGCGACGAGCGAAGCCCGCCGGACAAUUCCAGAUCAAGCCGGAACAAGUUCUGGAUAUUAUCGGAGAACUCGAGGUGAAGGACUUGCCUGGUGUUGCUUAUAGUCUCAGCGGAAAGCUUGAGGAGAUCGGCGUCAAGUUCGUCAAAGACAUUAGGCAAGUGUCCAAGGAGCGUUUGUCGUCGUCGCUAGGCCCCAAAACCGGAGAGAAGCUCUGGGAGUAUGCUCGUGGCAUCGACCGAACCGAAGUUGGAGAGCAACCACCCCGGAAAUCCGUCUCGGCCGAAGUGAACUGGGGCAUUCGCUUCAUCAACCAGCAAGAAGCGGAAGAGUUCAUUCUCAACCUCUGUAAAGAACUGGAACGUCGCUUACUCAAUGAGCAAGUUAAAGGGAAGCAGUUCACCAUGAAAAUCAUGCGCAGGGCCCUGGACGCACCCCUGGAUCCCCCGAAGCACCUAGGGCAUGGAAAAUGUGACUCUUUCAGCAAGAGUAUCUUGUUUGGAGUAGCCACUCACAAUGCAGAUACGAUUGCCAAGGAGGCCGUAUCUAUACUUCGAUCUUACAGGUUUACCCCGGGUGACCUUCGAGGCCUUGGUGUCCAGUUGACAAAACUGGAGCCGAUUAAAUCCGGCGCAGCUGGGCCAGAGAGCAGUCAACGACGCUUGGCAUUCCCCAACUUUGGCGGCCCAAUUGGGGCCAAAAAGACCGCUGCAGAUCCUAUCGAGGACUCAAAGAGUCCUCAGAAACCGAGGUCUAUUCAGAGCCGAGGAGACGUAGCACAGGACCCCAUCGCGGAAGACCCCUUAACACCAAGAAAGCCCAAAGUGCACCCUGCUUUAGCACUAGCACGAGCCGGUGAGAACGAUGCAAAGGCAAAAACACCUUUGAAUAUCAUGGGAACUCAGUUCAUCCUACCUUCUCAAGUUGAUCUCGCGGUUUUGGCUGAGUUGCCGAGCGACAUCCGGGCCAAGCUACAGAGAGGGCAGAGAUCGAAGCCAGAGUCUAGGCAAGCGUCACCACAGGUCAAGUCACGGAGCAACAGUCCUGCCGUGCUAGAAGAAAUACCCUCACAGGUAGACCCGGAAGUCUUCAACGCUCUGCCUGACGACAUGAAAGCAGAGGUCCUGGCACAGUAUGGUCGGAAGAACGUCCAGCAAACCCGCUUGCCACAGUCGCCACGCAAGGACAGGCUUAUUCAGGCAAAGAAAGCCAUCACUCCCACAAAGAGAGGUGGCAGAAGCUUGUUCAACAACGCCAAGGAGAGACAACAAGAUGCUGCAGCAAACCGCUUACAGACGAACUUCCUGUCGAAUAAGGGGGCUGGAAACCCUGCUGAGGAAGAGCCAGAGGAACUGGACCAGGAAUUUCUCGCGGAACUACCAGAGGACGUCCGCAGAGAAAUCAUCGAAGACCAUCGCAAGAAACGACUGGCUAAGCGAUCCGGGCUCUUGUUCAACGCUCCUGCUCGGCGGCAACAAGGUGGAGACUUGAGCGACUCUCUACCUAUUGGACAAACCAAGCUGCAGUUUCCGGCACCACCACCCAAGGUCAACUUCAUGGGCUCAGCCGUGAAAUCAAUCCAAGAGAUCAAGGAUAUGCUCGAGGCCUGGCACGACGGGACGCGGUAUGACGGCCCCCAUCAAGAUGAUGUUGUCGUGUUUGAGAAGUAUCUCUCAAAGGUCGUCUUAGAGGAGCGGGACAUUCACAAAGCCUCAAAGCUGGUGCAUUGGCUCGAUUGGUUAGUAGAGGAGGAUGGCAGCGAGGGACGGGGCAAGCAGGGAUGGAGGAAGACCAUCGCGGAUAUCAAAACGGAGGUCCAAACAGCCGUCAAGGGCAGAGGCUUGGGUCCUCUAAGAUUUUAG